GCGACGCGCUGAGUGCGGAGCGAGGAGACGCGCUGCAUACCAACAGAGACACAAACGGAGAGGCUUGAGGUUUUUUGGCCAGAACGCACAGACUCCAUCCUGCUCUCUGAGAAAAACAUUAUCAAAUCAGAUUAUCGGACGGUGUGAAUGUUUACGUUUCAGUUUUCAUGCGUUUUUAGAGAAAUUCUGCCUGUUCUUCAAGGCACUGAGAGCCAAACUAAGUCUGUCUGGGAUAUUUGGGCUUUCUGCUGUAAUAUAUUUUUUCUGGCAGACAGAGACGUUUAAGAAAAUCUCACUCUUUCCUUUUCCUAUCUUUUGCUCUCUGUCUCUCUCUUUCUUUCUCUCUGACGGGACUUAUUUAAAAAGUCGGAUGUAGAAGAGUUGGACUAUUUCUGCUGAGAUUCAUCCAGUGGGUCGAAUUCCCGCAGCGGUUCCAUAAGGAAGGAAUACCGUAACAUUUGAGCAGAAAAUCAAUCAGAACUCCAUCAUGGGCUGCCCUCUUUUGCUGAACACAUUGGCUGGUUUGAUCCUGGUUCUUCUGUCUAAAGGGUCCAAUGUGCUCGGAGCAGAAUUCAUCCACCUGCCGGACAAUAUUACUGUGUUGGAAGGCGAAAGCGUCACUUUGAGAUGUCGGAUCGACGAGGUGGUGACCCACAAAGCUUGGCUGAACCGCUCAAACAUUCUUUUCGCCGGGACAGAUAAGUGGUCCCUGGACAAGAGAGUGACGCUGGUCAACACCAGCAACAGGGAGUUCUCCUUCCUCAUCGACAAGGUGCAAGUGACAGACGAGGGACCGUACACCUGCACCUUUCAGGCCAACAACACACCCCGCAUGACCCCUGUCUACCUCAUAGUCCAAGUACCAGCAAGAAUCGUAAACAUCUCAAAAAGCGUGUCAGUGAAUGAGGGAGAGAAUGUAAACCUUUAUUGUCUGGCCGUCGGCCGGCCGGAGCCCACAGUCACAUGGAAGGACCAGAAAUAUGGACUGGUGAGUGAGGGGGAGUUCUUAGAUAUCACGGAGAUCAAGAGGCAGCAGGCUGAGGACUAUGAAUGCAUCACCCACAACGGUGUGGCUCCACCUGACCAGCAGAAGGUCAGAGUCACGGUAAACUACCCUCCGAUGAUCACAGACAUGAAAAACAUGCCUGCAAAUCUAGGGAAGACAGCCAUCUUGAGGUGUGAUGCAAUGGCAGUCCCAUCAGCUACAUUUGAGUGGUACAGAGACGAUCAUAGGCCAGUAGAGAAUGACAACACCUUACGGAUCAAAAACGAGAAGACUCGCUCGCUGUUGCUGUUUACCAAUGUGACAGAGAAACAUUUUGGCAACUACACUUGCUUCGCCUCAAACCGUCUGGGUUCCUCCAACGCCAGCAUGCUGCUGUUUCGACCAGGAGCCCUCCAGGGGCGAGGAGCUGGUUUACAUGCAGGGAUGCGUGCCAGCCUGUGCAUUUGGGUUUCCCUCUCUGCUGUUCUUCUGGUGAAAGUGUGAAGCUUUGUUUGCUGGAAUCAUCCUCAAACACCAAGCCCCAUUUCUUCCUCUGCUCCCUCUGUCUCACUCUCUCCCCUCUCUCAAAGGAAGGAAAACGGAAAUGAAAUUCUUUAAUUAUGAACCCAUCACUGUGAACAAAAAGAAUAUGCAUUAUUUCAGGAGCCAUUGAAUCACUGCAUCAAACACAACUACUCCCUUGAAACGCCCUCCCCUGCACCCUCUGUUCAGUUAUGAAUUCAACUUAGUCACAAUAUCUCUUUCUUCUGUUUCUCUUUCAUGCAUACAAUUUGUCCUUUUCACCUUGCAGACUUGUCUGACUUGGUACUUCCCCUCUCCGCAUUUUGCUUUCCGCCAUUACUCCCACUGAGGUGAAGCUGAUAGAGAGUGUGUAUUAACAAUUAUGGCGACAAACGAGAAAAUAGAUAAUCUAACAACUGUAUGGUCAUUUAUGUAAUAUAAAACACAGACUAUUGACUGACCUACAAUGUUUGCCUUAUGGAAAUAAUCACAAUAUUUUGGUGGGUAUUUAUGGAAAUGAUAGUUAUAAUGUGAUACUGGCUGUCAUGUGAAGUUUCACCCUAUGAUCACACACUUAAACCAAGUGGAGACACAUGUAUGUUUUUUUUUUAUUAUUAUUAUUUUUAUUUUACCAGUGUAGCAGUGAAGCUGCUAUGAAUGAUGUCAAAAUGUAUUAAAAAAGGAUGGGUGGUGAUGGCGCCAGCCCCCUUUAUGUAAUUUGGGGAGGUUUAUACUAAGUUUUUGCAUGUAGCCCUCACUACCCAGACCUUUUUAAGUCCCUCCACCCUCCUCCUUGCCUCUCUGUUUAAAGUGCUUUGUCUAGUUGCCCUUCAUAUUGCUAGUGUUCUCAGCUGUGCGUCGAUCCUACCAAACAUUGUCACCUGCUUUUCAUCCCUCCACUGUAAAUAUACGCAGUACAGAGGCCAUGCUGGUGAGUUCAGGUUGCCUCCAUAAGAUCUUCAGUAAGCCUCUACUACACGUAAGUCUUCUGAAGCAGCAAGAGACUGUCUAUUGACAAAAAAUAUCUUCUGUUUCAAAGCUGUUGCUGCUCCAUCUUCUUUGUAGCUUGUUGAUAGCAUGUACUGGUUAGAGAUGUUCCUGUUGUGAGUCCAUACGCCCUCUCUCCCUCCCUGCACUGUGUCUGUUUUUUCUCUGCAAGGUUACCUGCUUUUACUGCUUUUACUUUUUUGGUGUUAAUACUACUACUACUACUGAUGAUGAUAAUGAUGAUGAUGAUGAUGAUGAUGAUGUUAAUAAGCAUUUGAAUAACUAUGAAUAGUAAUUCCAUGUAAGGAGAAAAAACGAACAAAAUACGGUGGUAAUCAGUUGUGUGUGGGGAGAAAAAAGAGAAAUGUUUUCUACUUUGCUCGCACACAUCGAACAACUUCAAUGAAGAUAAAAAAAAAACAGAACAAAAAAAAGGUGUAAAGUUUUUGAAGUGAUGUGGUCUAUUUUGCCAUGGCAAGCUUUUUAAAAUCACAUUUGAAACAGUUCGAGGGGGUCAUUUCGAUUGAGUCCUGAAGCGGUGGCUGGUGAUGUAAUUUAUAAUUUGUAACAGUUUAUGUAUUUGACUCUUUCUGUCAUGCUUUUAACUGCAUCAAACACACAUUUACACCACAUCUGUCCGCUUGUCAUGGUGUGUCCUCUACCGACCAUCUAGAUAAAUGAUUUGGAUCCAUGUCGGUCUCUGGCUGUGGCUGUAAGUCAGUUCUUGUUCUGCCAGACCACAGGGAGAUAAAGAUGUAAUUAGCCAUUACCUGUGGCUGGCUGAGCGAAGGAGCCCGAGCUCCACCUGUCCUUUCCGCCGCUCAGUUAUGGCCCCCAUAAAUCAAGCUCAAUCCUACCACUGACAGGAAUCCUCUUCAAGGACAAAUCUCACCUUGGUGCACCACUACUCCCUCUGGUGUGUGUACCUGUGACAGAAAACCCUGUACAGCACAAACAGCGAGAGGAAAUCCUGUAUUUCGUCAUGCCUACACCCAUUUCUUGUGUUCAGCUCACACUCAGAGACUAUAUGCAAAUUUGCCAUAGCAAGUGUGCACCAAGAGAUGAGUCUACCCCAGCUGAACCCUGACUACUACAUCAUGACAGGGGAAUUACUCAAUACUGAAUCAAAUGUGUGAAUGUGUUUUGGUUUUUUUUGUUUGUUUGUUUAUAUUGUUGUUUCUUUUUCAAAUCAGCAAUAACCCCUAAUUUUACUGUGCAAGAGAGUUCCAUCAUGCUCAAAUCUGUGGUGUAAUAUCUGGAAUGAUCUGUCAUCAACAAGCUCUAUCAAAAGUCUGUUGUUGUACUUUUACUGUGUACUUUCCUCGGAAAUGAUUGUGAAGCUCUGUAUAAAUGGCCCUUAAUCUAGGACACUAUAUGUCGUUUCCUCUGCGAUGUAUUUGGGUGUUAAAGAACACAUAUUGUGCAUGCAACUACUUGCUCCCAAAACAAUGAUGGAUUCCAUUUCAAGCACAAUAACAGGUCAUUUGGUCUGUGAAACAUUUAUUGCCAAUAUUUUUAAACUCUUUCUGUCUUUUAGAAGAUUUUGUUUUUCACACUCACUUACUGUCCUGCGUCUCCUAUCCACUGAGGGUUAUCAGUGGCCCAUAACAUCUGUCUGUACAUAAUCUGUUGUUGAUAAAGAUAAAAAGAAGAUAAAAAAAAAAAAACUGUGGACGAGAAAACAACAUACUGUCAUGUUUGUCAGCGUGUGUUUGAAAAUAGCAUGUCUGUAUUUGUGAAUGGGUGGAUUUUGAAAAAAAAAAAAAAAAAAACAACUACCAAAUUUUGUCUGUUAUGUUCAAGUUUAAUGUUGAAAAACCUGAAUCUAAGUAUUUCAAUGUUUGAAACAUUUCUCCCAUUUCACCAAAAAACACUUUUAUGUGAUAUUAGGUUUUACAACUUGGAAACCUUUCUUGAAUUACUUUAGAUUUCAUAAAUUUUCCUAGGCUCAUUGAUUCAACUAAAUAUAUAUUGCUAUUCUUCAAGAUGUUUUAAUAAUUUUACUGUCAUUCAACUGAUUAGAUUGAAUUUAGGAAGAAUGACUUAUUAGAGGGUGAUAUCUUGUAGGAGUGACAUUUAGCUUCAUGCUAACAGCAUGCUUAUGGGUGUAUUGAUAUAUUUGAGUUGGCUACUUUGGAUUGUUAAUAGAAAAUAAUGAACACCUUAGUUGGCUACACAGUGGCGCAGUUGGUAGAGCUGUUGCCUUGCAGCAAGAAGGUCCUGGGCUUUCUGCAUGGACUUUGCAUGUUCUCCCUGUGCAUGCGUGG